AUGUCACUUCCAGCAUUUCGAGGCACUGCUCGUGCUUCCCGCUUCCUGCCGAGGGCGGCGUCACUCCCCUGCGCAGGUGGCGUGAGGAGAUUCAUCUCGACCAAGAGCUUGGAGGGCCAGCAACAGCUGCUGGCAGCCAAGCUUCAGCAGGCCGACCCCGCCGUCUACGACAUCAUCGAAAAGGAGAAAACCAGACAGAAGCACUUCAUCAAUCUCAUUCCGUCAGAGAACUUCACCUCCCAGGCUGUUCUCGAUGCCUUGGGCAGUGUGAUGCAGAACAAGUACUCCGAGGGUUACCCCGGCGCAAGAUAUUAUGGCGGCAACGAGUUCAUCGACCAGUCAGAGCGUCUCUGCCAGCAGCGUGCCCUCGAUACGUUCGGUCUCGACUCAAAGCAAUGGGGUGUCAAUGUUCAAGCUCUGUCCGGUGCGCCGGCCAACUUGUACGUCUAUUCGGCGUUGAUGGACACCCAUGAUCGCCUCAUGGGUCUGGACCUGCCUCACGGCGGUCACUUGUCACACGGCUACCAGACACCGACUAAGAAGAUCUCCGCCAUUUCAAAGUACUUCGAGACAGUCCCCUACAGAUUGGACGAGGCUACUGGGCAGAUCGACUACGCCAAGUUGGAGGAGCUUGCUAUGCUCUACCGACCCAAGAUCAUUGUCGCAGGAGCCAGCGCGUACAGCCGUUUGAUCGACUACCAGCGCUUCCGCGAGAUCUGUGACAAGACCAACGCUUACCUGGUGGCCGAUAUGGCCCACAUCUCCGGCCUGGUGGCAGCCAAGGUCAUGCCCAGCCCGUUCGACUACGCCGAUAUCGUCACUACUACAAGUCACAAGAGUCUGAGAGGACCUCGUGGCGCCAUGAUCUUCUUCCGCAAGGGAGUACGUCGCCAGAAUGCCAAGAAGGAGGACGAAAUGUACAACCUCGAGGGCCCUAUCAACGCCUCCGUCUUCCCCGGCCACCAGGGUGGCCCUCACAACCACACCAUCACCGCCUUGGCCGUUGCCUUGAAGCAGGCCCAAGCCCCUGAGUUCCGCGCCUACCAGUCUCAAGUUCUGGCAAAUGCGAAGGCGCUAUCCCAGAGACUAGGUGCUCCCAAGGAGAAGGGAGGCUUGGGCUACAGCAUUGUCUCCGGCGGCACCGACAACCACCUGAUCCUUGUGGAUCUCAAGCCCCAGGGUAUCGAUGGUAGCCGCGUUGAGCGUGUGCUGGAGCUGGUUGGUGUUGCUGCCAACAAGAACACCGUGCCAGGCGACAAGUCGGCACUUGUGCCAGGUGGACUGCGCAUUGGCACGCCUGCCAUGACGACGAGAGCGUUCACCGAGGAGGACUUCAGCCGCGUGGCCGACAUUAUUGACCGUGCCGUCACCAUUGCUAUUCGUGUGAACAAGAGCGCCAAGAAGGCGGCCGAGGAGAAGGGAGAGAAGAAGCCCGGUCUGUUGAGACACUACAUGCAGCAUCUCGGUGACGGUGAGAACGAUCCCGAGAUUGUUCAGCUUAGAUCUGAGGUGGCCGACUGGGUGGGCACUUACCCUUUGCCGUGGGACGUCCACUCUUCUUGA